CUGAGACCAGGCUGGACCUACUAUUACUCCAGUUUCAUGCUGCCUGGAGGAUACAGUGAUUCUAUUACACAGUUUAGAUAUCACUGAGUUUGAAAAGAAUUUAUCAUGAAAACUUGCUCCAGCUUUCUCCUACUCCUCUUCAGUGGCUGGGCAUUUUCUGCAACAAAAUGGAAGCGAGAUGUGCUUUUGGAGCCUAAAACGUCCCUAGAAUGUGAUGAUGAAACAGUGACUUCAUCUCUGACUUUUCUGGUGGACACCACUGGUUCCAUGGCGGAUGACCUUCAACAGUUGAAGGAGGCCUACACCUGGUUACUUAGCAGCGUUUCUGUUCAGUUCCCAUGUGGUGUACGUCAGUAUACAAUGGUUGAAUUUAAUGAUCCAGGUAUUGGCCCUGCCAGACUUACAAGUUCCGGAACUGAAUUUAAUAAUUUUUUUCAAAAUCUUAGAGCCUACGAUGGUGGUGACUGCCCAGAAUAUGCAAUGGGUGGACUUAAGUUGGCUUUGCAGGAAUCACCCCAUAAUUCAAUAAUCAUGGUCCUUACAGAUGCUUCCGCUAAGGAUUAUAAUGAUGCUGUUUUAAUAAAUGAGAUAAAAUCACUUAUUAGCGAAACAGAGUCACAGGUAUUCUUUAUGAUCACUGGCCUUUGUUCAAAUACAGAAGACCCAGCAUUCACUAUUUACAGGGAAAUUUCCAGAUUGAGUUUUGGCCACUUGUAUCAGCUUGAUCUUCCAAGUCUUGGGAGCGCAUUUCGAUAUGUGGGAUCUAUUAUAGCAAGACCUGCAAAAUCUUCCCAGAGGAUUUUUUCUAGAGAUUAUGAGUCUGGUGAGCAUUCAGACACUUUCUCUGUCCCAGAAAAGUUAACUGAAGUGAUAAUGACCACUGAAGGAUCAAUUACUUCUCUACAGGUUGCCGGACCAGAUAAAAGUCGUGUGGCAUUGAAAAAGGUUAUGUCUGAAAAAUGGGGGUCCAUGUACAGUGUGAGAGGCCCGAAGAAAGGAAGCUGGAAAAUAGAUGUAAGUGGAAAAGGCCCACAUUCUAUACGAGUGGAAGGAUUAAAAGUUCCAAGCACCGCAUUGACAUCUCAUUGUAUAAAAUGUGACCCCAAUGCAACCUGUGAAGACUAUGAUGGCAGUAAAGUAUGCACCUGCAAAGAAGGAUUCCUUGGUAAUGGACUUAGAUGUUCCGAUGAUGAUGAAUGCGCCUAUGCCUGGCUAAACAAAUGUGCAGAGGGUACUUGUAUUAACACUAUUGGCUCCUACACAUGCUCUUGCAGAAGUGGGUACAUUGUAAAUGAAGAUUACAUUUGUGUGCCUAUUGAUUACUGUACAAAACCCUCAAACAACAAAUGCCACGAACAUUCCACAUGCACAAAUACUGAUGGAGGCUACACAUGUACUUGUUCACCUGGAUUUGAAGGGGAUGGAUUUGACUGCAAGUACACCAAGUGCACAGAUAUUGAAAGCCUGGACUUUGUGUUGAAGUGCGGUGAGAAUGAAAUGAAAGCUUCGUUUCCGACCUGCCAACUAAAACAUUAUCAUUAUGCUGCCAAUAGUGCCCGACUCGUAGUUGAAAGCUGCACUGGGUUUGAGGAUGCCGUGGGGCUUGUUUCUGUUAUUGCACCUUUAAAGGAAGGAGAAUGUGGAACCACCGUAUUCAGAAAUGGAACGCACACCAUCUACAGAAACAGAUUGUUUGUGGCACCAGACUCUGAAGUGGUGGGCACAAGUAAUCUAAUCUUUCCAAUUGUAAAGAGAUUUUCCUGCAUAUAUGCCAAUAGUUAAAAUUCAGCCCAAUAUCAGCUGUAUCACUGGGGAAAGCAGAACAGGAAGCCUGAGUGAUAAAAUACCAGCAAAGGGCCAAGAACAAAGAGACAGCGGAAACAAGAAUGCCACCAUGACAUUGUCUUGGAAAAAAGGAUAAUCCUUACCUUUAAUUUUCAAAACUUUUUUUCAUAAAUGCAAAAUAAAAAAAAUGAAAAAAAAAA